UCUUCUCCACGACCUGGUGCCCGUCUGCCCGCCACCCUGGCGCACCUUUUGCCGGCUCCGGCCAUGUACAGCAUGCUGGAGACUGAGAUCAAGACGCCGCAGCCCACGCCGGGCAGCGCCGGGGGCAACCCCGCUCCGGGGAGCAACGGUAAGGGCGGCGGAGGCGGCGGGGCCAGCAACGGAGCGGGGUCCGGCUCGGACCAGGACCGCGUGAAGCGCCCCAUGAACGCUUUCAUGGUGUGGUCGCGGGGCCAGCGGCGAAAGAUGGCCCAAGAGAACCCCAAAAUGCACAACUCGGAGAUCAGCAAGCGGCUCGGGGCCGACUGGAAGCUGCUGAGCGACGCCGAGAAGCGGCCCUUCAUCGACGAGGCCAAGCGGCUGCGGGCCGUGCACAUGAAGGAGUAUCCGGAUUACAAAUACCGGCCCCGAAGGAAGACCAAGACCCUGCUGAAGAAGGACAAAUACUCGCUGCCCGGUAAUCUGCUGGCCCCGGGAGGGGGCAACGCGGUGAGUAGCCCUGUCGGGGUGGGGCAGAGGAUUGACACUUACGCCCACAUGAACGGCUGGACCAACGGGGCUUACUCACUGAUGCAAGACCAGCUGGGCUACAGCCAGCACCCGGGCAUGAACAGCCCGCAGCUGCAGCAGAUGCACCGGUACGACAUGACGGGCCUGCAGUACAGCCCCAUGAUGUCCACGGCCCAGACCUACAUGAACGCCGCCUCCACCUACAGCAUGUCCCCCGCUGCCUACGGCCAGCAGCCCUCCUCGGCCAUGAGCCUGGGCUCCAUGGGCUCGGUGGUGAAAUCCGAGCCCAGCUCGCCGCCUCCUGCCAUCACUUCCCACUCGCAGAGGGCCUGCCUUGGAGACCUGCGGGAUAUGAUCAGCAUGUACCUGCCCCCGGGGGGGGAUGCCACAGACCCUUCCGCCCUGCAGGGCAGCAGGUUACACAGCGUCCACCAGCACUACCAGAGUGCCGGGACUGGCGUGAAUGGUACCGUACCACUAACUCACAUAUAAACUUGGCUGCUCCGGACGGCUCCCCGUCUUUAAUCCCUAACCCCA